UAUCACCCGUCCAUCCAUCUCACUACUCCACUGUACGAUGCCAUUGAAAUAACAACGUGGUGUUUUGUUGUACACAAUGCGGUACUGGUAGUUGAAGUAGUACUGGUAGUAUUUCCACCAGCACAAGGCUCAGAAAUGCUAACGUUUGGAUCGACACGGUCUCGAUCACACCACAGAAACGUUAUUCAAAGAUAGAUACGCGAAGAAAUACUCCCAUAUAAGAUAGAACAGAGGAUAAGGUAGUGUUAGAUAAGAUGAGAUGAUUUGUGCAGAUAUCAGGAGAAUAAAGUGCACGGCAUCAGUGCUGUGGCGGUCCACAAGGUGGCAGUAAAGCUCCCACGAGGUCGAUACUAGUCGGCCUCUUCCGGGUAAAGCAGAAGAAGGUUAUGGACCACUAACCAUUUUGGAUCGACGACAGGCUGCAAGUGUUGCUUGGAGAGAAUCGGUUCCAGAAAGUAUCACUCGGAGAACAUCUGCUCCUGAAGAACCAUCCGCGAGAUCCACCACCAACACGGGCGGUUCGAGUAAACGUACAAGAAGGUCGAAGUUGGUCGAGGAAGCCUGACGGGAGCAUCAUGAGUUACGGAAGGCCCCCGCCCGACGUCGACGGCAUGACUUCUCUCAAAGUGGACAACCUGACUUACAGAACCACUCCCGAAACCCUCCGACACGUCUUCCAGAACUAUGGCCGGGUCGGGGACGUGUACAUCCCCCGGGAUCGCUACUCCAAGGACAGCCGGGGCUUUGCCUUUGUCCGCUUCCACGACAAGCGGGACGCCGAGGACGCCAUGGAUGCCAUGGACGGCGCGCUCCUAGACGGACGCGAGCUGCGGGUCCAUAUGGCUCGCUACGGCCGACCCCCUGAUUCCCAUCACGGCGGUGGGCGCCGAGGUGCACCACCGAGGAGGUACGGGGGGCACGGUCGUCGAAGCAGAAGUCCCAGACCCAGGAGGCGCAGCAGGUCCCGCAGCAGGUCCCGCUCUCGUUCCCGAAGUCGAUCUCGCUACAGCAGGUCCCGCUCCAGGUCCUACUCCAGAUCCAGGUCCCGCUCUCCCAGGAACAAGAAGAACAAUGCCAAGUCCCGCUCCAGAUCCCGGUCCAAGUCUGUCAGCCGCAGCCCCUCCCCCAAAAGAGGGUCCCGGUCCAGAUCCAAAAGCCCCCGCAAGUUGUCAGCAGAAAAUGGAGACUCGCCGUAGUAGGUGUGGACGCUGGAGACCACACGCUCACUCCUGGACGAGCUGGUCUUCACCGCUCCGGUCCUUCGUUUCUUCUUUUUCCAUCUUCCGUUUGAAACGCCGGCUUUCCAGUGAGUGCGGCAGGGGACUUGUGCUUUUCUUUUAGCAGUUCCUCCACUUCCUGUCCAGUCAUGAGGUACUUCCUGCGCUGUGCCGAGGUCCAGCAGUCUUAGCGAGCUGUUAGCCACACAUGUACCUUUACGACGAUGGCCUGUGUUGCUGUGACGGCGCCACGCCUUUUGUACACGACCUCUUUGCUUUCAUUAAACAUUUUCUCAAC